AUGUUACAUUCGAAGUGUAUGCAAUCAGUGGUUGACAAUUGGAAACAAUUUGAUAAGGAGUUAAUUCAAACAUUGGCAAAUUUUGAACUUUCUGUAAAUAAAGGAAGAAGGAUAGAUGAAAGGAGAAUGAGGAAGGGUAGUGAUAGUUGUGUAGUGAGAAAUAUUUUCGGCUACGAUAUAAAUUAUCUUCAUAAGGUUCUCAUUUUCUCAUCAAUGACAAUAAUAGGCUUAGAUUUGCGUGAUUUGCGCAAAUUUGCAAAGGGUAAUGAAAAAUGGAAAAAAUUUGUUGUAUCCAUGGUGAAUCAGAAGUACAGGAAAAAUGGAUUCCAGUCAAAAAAUCCUCUCUAUCAUAAAAUAUUGGCUGAUCGUAUUGUUGACAUAAUACUUAUUACAGUAGAUUUCAAAAUACAAUUCCACGUACUUCACGGUAACACCUUAUCAUAUGAAAGUAAAGAUCAUUUUGGUCAGUACUGUGGAAGAGAUGAGCGUGAAAUCAUUCGUAAUUACAGUAUCAUUUAUUCAUUAGCCAGUCCAAUUAGCUAUCGGUGA